AUGUAUGUAGGAGAACAGUAUGACAAGGUUAAGUUAUGGAGAGAAACAUUGGAUAGAGCAAGUUAUAUCAGUGCAUUAUGUAGACCAGUUGGUAAUCAAUUUGGUGUUGUGGGAAUUCAGGUCACGGGUACAACUAUGUAUCUGAAUAUUCUUGUAAAUGAUAUGGCUGGUAUACCAAGAUACUUCCAUCUAGAUCAUGCGGAAAUUCCAUUAUCCCUCACAAUUCACACUUGA